AUGGUCUGGUCACAGCGUCAAUCACCACAAUUCUCAUUCAGUCCAAACCAAAACCAGGGCUAUCAACCGCCGGCGCAGACACAGCCACAACCGGCACAGUCACAGCCCAGUAGACCGGCGGCCGCCGCUUACUCGGGAGGUUUCAAUUGCCCCCAAGAUUUCGGUUUCUAUCCACAUGUCAAGAGUUGCGACAAAUACUGGGCGUGUGAUAACGGCACGGGUACACUGAAGACGUGCGGCAAUGGUCUAGUGUUUGACGACUCGGACGCCAAGCGCGAGAACUGUGCCUAUCCUUUCUCUGUCGACUGCGGCGAGCGAUCAGACUUAGAGCCGCCGAUAAGCACUCCUCAUUGUCCGCGAUUGUACGGCAUCUUCAGUGACCCCUCAAACUGUCGGGUCUUCUACUCGUGUUGGAACGGAGAGGCGUCCAAAUACGAGUGUCCGCCCGGUCUGGCCUAUGACGCCGACCAACGCGUGUGUGUUUGGGCCGAUCACGUCGACCGAUGCGACUCUUCGGGUAUGUAA